GAGAAGGAAGAAGGAGCAGCUGAGCGGAGGCUCUGAGCAGAGCAUCACCCUGUGACUCCCGGCGGCUCCGGCCGGCUGGACCCCGGGAGCCCGGAGCCCGAGCGGGGCCGGGGAGGAGUUUCCAGCUCAACUUCGCCGGAGGAAAGCGGAGGGGGGCCGAGCAAGGAAGAGGGGGGUGGGAAGGGGGGGGGGGGGGGGGGGAAGUUGCAGCCGAGAGGGGCUCUGCAAAGAGACAUGAAUGUGAGCAGAGACAAGGUCGGUGACAUCUCCAUCCCGGCAGCGGCAGCCGCGGCGGUGACAGCGGCCGGCAUCGCCGGGGAGUCCUGCGGCUUGCACGGGGAAGGCAUGGACAGCCAUGGGGAGCAGCGGCUCUCGGCCGGCGGCGAGCUGCCGCUCUACUCCUGCCCUGGGAACCGGGACAGGCAAGGGGACAGCCAAAGCAACACUCCCGGACAAGAGGGGGCAGUGGCCGCACUGCCUGCGGUGCACAGAACCACCUCCUUCUCCGUGCUCGACAUCCUGGACCCUAACAAGUUCAACAGCAAACGGAGGCACUGCGCGGGCUUGUACAAAUCGGUGGGGACCGAGUUCACGCUGGGGGCAGAGGAUAAGCCCGAGGACUCAGGGACGGAGCUGGCCGAGCAAAAGGUUCUCGCCGAAGACUUCGAGACGUGCAAGAAGCCCGCAGGCCUGAUAAAGGACGGCGACCUCUACAAGGCCGACGACUGCGACCUCGACUACAGCAGCCGGCCGAGCCGCAGCCCCGACAGCGAGCUGCCGGACGACGAGGAGCUGUGCAGCGAGGAGAGCGGCAGCACCAGCAGCAGCACCAGCAGCUCGGCGGCACCCGGCGAGGCCGACGCGGGCCACCUCCACGCCGAGGCGGGCGAGGCUGGCGGCCAGAGCCAAGCGGCCAAGCCCAAGAGGAAGCGGACGGGCUCGGACUCCAAGUCGGGGAAGCCCCGUCGGGCGCGGACAGCUUUCACCUACGAGCAGCUGGUGGCGCUGGAGAACAAAUUCAAGUCCACGCGGUACCUGUCGGUGUGCGAGCGCCUCAACCUGGCGCUGUCCCUCAGCCUCACCGAGACGCAGGUCAAGAUCUGGUUCCAGAACCGCCGCACCAAGUGGAAGAAGCAGAACCCGGGGGCCGACACCAGCGCUCCGACGGGCGGCGGCGGGGCGGGCGGCGGGGCGGGCGGAGGGCUGGGCGGUGGGGCGCUGCCCGGCGGGCUCAGCCCGCUCAGCCACUCGCCGCCCAUGGGCAACCCGCUCUCCAUGCACGGGCCCGGUGGCUACGCCGGACACCCCGCGGGCGGGCUGGUGUGCGCCGCGCAACUGCCCUUCCUGCCCAGCCCCGCCGUCCUCUCGCCCUUCGUCCUGGGCUCGCAGACUUACGGAGCUCCGGCCUUCUACACCCCGCACCUAUAAGCCCGACGACGCUUGAUCCUUCUCCUCUCCUCCAUCCUUCUCUCGGCCAUCCCGUCUCCGAGCGGCUUUUCCCUCCGUUCCCGAAAGGUGAAACCAACGGCAGCCCGGAACCGAGGGCGGAGGGGAAGGGGCUCCCCCCCGGGGCUGCUCCACCGGCCGCAGUCGUUUCUACGACCCUUUUUGUACACGGUGUGUCCGGACUGUGCUUCUGAGGGGAAGGGGAGGAAGAGGAGGAAGUGGAAAACCUCCCUUUCCCGUGUACAUACACGUAGAUGUAAAUCCUCGUUACCUGUAUUUUUAUUUUCCCCGUCCCUCGUUGCUAUGUGAGCUUGAUUAUUUUUAUUAUUAUUAUUUAUUAAUUAUUAUUCGUUUUUAUUCUGGUCUGGCCACUCGUAAAAGACUUCGAACACAAAAAGGUUACGUACCCAUUUGACUCUCAGGGUAAACCAGACCUAUCGGUCCUGU